CACUUCCGGCGGCGUUUCCUGUCAGUGUUUAUAAACUGGGGAAAAAUUGGAAGUGCGACAAGAAAUAAUAAUCCACAAAACUCUUAAAAACGAAAGGCUUUGGCCCCUGAUGAUUUGGGUGGGUGUGGUCUCUUCUGUUACCCCUCAUCUUGAGUGAAGCCCCCUCUGUUCCCCCCCAAACACACACGCAUUCAAACCACGGCGAUGACACACCAUUCCAACAACUCUGUUCGAGACCAUAUGAAAUGGGCCGGGUUGCUGGGCUGUGAGGCGGUGCUGUCCAGCAUGGCCCUCAUGCAAGCCAACAACAUCCCAGGCCAGAAGAGGAUGAUGUCGUCCUUGAGUCAGGGACACAGGGCCAGUCCCGAGAGCCACCAGACUCACUCGCAGCACAGCCACAACCACCACGGACACCAGGUUCACCACGGACAAGCGCAGCACAGCCACCUGGGCCAUCACUCAGCAGGCAGCUGUCCGCCCCUUCUGAUCCGAAAAGAUGGAGAUUAUCACUCAUCAAGAAUGAUGGAUGAAAAGGAUGUGCAGGCAAACCAGAAUAUGCAACCCAAGAAGAAGCACAAAAAAUCUGGGUCAUCCAACAAAGUGAAAGAGAAAGUGGAGCAUAUCCUUCCACCAAUGGACAUGGAUGAUGACGACGACCUUUCCUUGAAAGUCCAGAAGAACUUCAUCUGUGACCACUGCUAUGGAGCUUUUCGGAGUAGCUACCACCUCAAACGACAUAUACUCACACAUACAGGAGAAAAGCCAUAUGCCUGUGAUGCGUGUGAUAUGCGGUUCAUUCAGCGCUACCACCUGGACAGACACAAGAGGGUGCACAGUGGAGAGAAGCCGUACCAGUGUGAUCGCUGCCAUCAGAACUUCUCAAGAACGGACAGGCUACUGAGACACCGACGGCUAUGUACAGUCGGGAUGAGCAAAGAGGAAAACCAGUUCUCACAGGACACAUCUGCCCAUCCAGCUUCCUGGAGCCCCCUACAGCCUUCCAACAACCGUCUGACUGUCUGACCCUCAGCUUCACACAGAGACCCUUCAGACAGCAGCAGUCUGCGGCUCAGUGACAUCGCACGUUGGAGUUCAACAGUCUUGUAAUCCUGAAAACGGCCUAGCUCAAACACAACCAAACUUUAGUUUGCUCUAGCAGCUCCUUCAUAGAGCUUGAUAGUGGAUUUUUGUACUUUUUUUAAUCUAUUGUUACAUUCAUGUACAGGCAAAAGAGAAAGGACUAAUAGAGGAUCUUGGAUAACAGGUGAUGAUAUAAUGGCAAUAACAGAAAGCGCACACAUGUAUAUUUUGGUAAUGCUGCCAAGGGAUUGCAAGUAUUUUUGACCGCAUUGACCUGCAAUCAAACCCACUGCUGCCCUCUAGUACAUGUGGACAGUUGACUAAAGGACACGUACAGAACUGUGCAGCUUUUAAGUGUUCAUGUCCUUCUCAUUUUGUGUUCUCAAUGUUACUAAUCCUGCACCAGCUACUGCUCAUGAGCGAAAGACCACAGCAGACUUAUGGUUCAGGCUGCCUUAAGGUUGUAAUUAGGCGCCAAUCUGAAAUUAAAUUAAAUGUACUUUUUUGAUAACACUCAUCUAAACAUGAAAGAGGCUUGUUACAGAGUCGAAUACAAGCUAGUCAUACAUUUUUAAUUCAUGUACAAGCCUUUUUUCCCCCAACACACAAGUCUUAAAUGGAUGUAAAAUAAUUUAUCACCAGCUAUUUCAGAACUGAAAGAAUAACUGCAGGUGAAUUCCUGUUGUUGAAGUUGAAGAUGAUGAUGAUGAAAAACACUAAAGGUUGACUGGAUGUUCCCGAAACGUUACAUUUUCAACCAAUCUCGAGUUUAGUUAAGUUGUGAAGAGACGGUUGGCUCACACAUUCUCUGGUCACUGGUCCCAGUUUCAAAGGUGUUUUGUCUUGACUGUUUAUAGGUUACACACCUGAGGCAGAUUUGAAGGCUGAAAGGUUUUGUAGGAAGUGCCCUGAUUCAUUUUUUUUGUUUUGUUUUUUUAAGCUCUUGAAAGAAGUUAGUGAGUUUUUAAAUAUUUUUUUUUUUAUAAUGUGAACUGGAUUAGGAACCGCCCGUUUGUUACGAAAAUGAGGUGUUUCCUGAAGAGCUCCUAAAAUAAUUAGGUUCAUUCAUAGAGUUGAUGAGCUCAGCUCCGUCUUGACCCGACUGAAUGUGAUCUGAAUACAGUGCCGUGAUAUUUCAUCUCUUGAGCAUCUUCAGUGAAGGUGACUAAUUGUAUGCAGUGGACAGGGGGAAUAUAAAGUCCACGUGGUGUUUUUGUAUGACGAUAGCCUUCAUUAUCUUGUGUUCGGACUGUAAACACUGGACUGAAGAGGUUAGCUCAGUUGUAGAGGAUUGUAUUGUAGUCUGGUACACCUUGCUGUCAAACUUUUAGAUCAUGGGAAAGGAGUUUGGGGGCCCCAUCACCGACUUGUCAACUUUUUAUGAAGUUAAUAUAUAUUUAAAUUGUAUUAGGGCUAGAAAAUAGUAUGUAUGGGACCUACACUCCAAAAGAAAAUGAAAGUAUUUACAAAGUUAUAAUCAUUAGUCUGAUGAUUUCUUAUGACAACUGAAAAGAGUAUUGCAAGUCAUCCUUCAACUUAAUAUUAGGAGUAAACGCUGCAACUGUCGCCCUUUUAGUAUAGCAGCCAUGAUUAGUCAGUAUAUUUUUUGGUUUCUUUAGCAUGUAUUUGUUGGAGGAUCUUGUAUAAAUUUUGUUUUUGGGUAAAGACGUAUUUUUUAAAAAUGUGAGCCCCACCUUAUUUGUCAUUUCUGGGGUGAAGUGAAAUCAAUUUUGACUCAGUCAUACUGUAGUAUGGAGUUUGUAAAGGAGUUUUAGGGCCCCAUAUCUCAAUAAAGCUGUUACACUUUUUCAACAAA